CGCUACCAUUUCAAGUGGCUCUGCUCUUUUAUCUCUGAUAUACCUGCACCCUGGGAAUGAGGACACUGAUCCAGCUCCUGAGACUCUACAGGAUAAUCACCGAAGUCUCUUUGAAUUCUGUGUUGCCAUGAUCCCAUGGUUUUGGAUACCCAGAGCGUAACAUGGACACUCUUUGAAUUUCACACCAUGCAGAGUCAUUUUUACUUCCCUGGGACCUCGACUGAGUUUAGAACAGGAUGAACUUUAUGGUGGUUCAGCAGACUGUUUACUGUUUCUUCUUCUACUACUUCUUCUUCUUCAUCUUUUUUUUUUUUUUUCAUCUUUCCUGCUCAGUGCCCAACCCAAGUUCAAAGGCUGAUGAGAGAGGAAAAACUCAUGAAGAGGUUUUACUCUAGGGAAAGUUGUUCAGUGGAUGGGAUCUUGGUGCAUAGGGAAAGAUGUUAGGCUCUUCCUGGCUCCUUCUCAGCCUUGCUGCUCUAACUGCUGCUCAAUCCACCACUGAGAAUCUGGUCAAGACAUUUUUGGAGACGUUUAACUAUGAAGCUGAAGAGCUGUCUUAUCAAAGUUCACUUGCUUCUUGGAAUGCUAACACCAAUAUUACCGACGAGAAUAUCCAAAAGAUGAAUGAUGCUGGGACCAAAUGGUCUACCUUUUAUGAAGAACAGUCCAAGCAAGCCAAAACUUACCCACUAGAAGAAAUUCAGGAUUCUACACUCAAGCGUCAAUUGCAGACCCUUCAGCACAGUGGGUCAUCAGUGCUCUCAGCAGACAAGAGCCAACGAUUGAACACAAUCCUAAAUGCAAUGGGCACUAUCUACAGUACAGGAAAAGCUUGUAACCCAAAUAAUCCACAGGAGUGCUUAUUACUUGAGCCAGGUUUGGAUGACAUAAUGGCAAACAGCAGAGACUACAAUGAGAGGCUCUGGGCCUGGGAAGGCUGGAGGUCUGAGGUUGGCAAGCAGCUGAGGCCAUUAUAUGAAGAGUAUGUGGCCCUGAAAAAUGAGAUGGCAAGAGCCAACAAUUAUGAGGACUAUGGGGAUUAUUGGAGAGGAGAUUAUGAAGAGGAGUGGACAAAUGGCUAUAACUAUAGCCGCGACCAGUUGAUUAAAGAUGUGGAACAGACCUUCACCCAGGUAACCAGGGGACUGAUCCAAAUGCUGAAACUUGGAAGAUCAAAACCCUGGACCUUAGCAUUGUAUAAUGUUGUAGGAGCAAAGAAUAUGGAUGUAAGACCACUGCUCAACUACUUUGAUCCUUUGUUUACCUGGCUGAAAGAGCAGAACAGGAAUUCUUUUGUGGGUUGGAACACUGUCUGGAGUCCAUAUGCUGACCAAAGCAUUAAAGUGAGGAUAAGCCUAAAAUCAGCUCUUGGAGAAAAAGCAUACAAAUGGAAUGACAAUGAGAUGUACUUAUUCCGGUCAUCUAUUGCAUAUGCCAUGAGAGAGUAUUUUUCAAAAGAAAAAAACCAGACGAUCCCUUUUGUGGAGGAUAACGUGUGGGUGAACGAUUUGAAACCCAGAAUCUCCUUCACCUUCUUUGUCACUUUACCUGGAAAUGUGUCUGAUAUCAUUCCUAGAGCUGACGUGGAAGAGGCCAUCAGGAUGUCCCGGGGCCGUAUCAAUGAUGCUUUCCGCCUGGAUGACAAGAGCCUGGAGUUUCUGGGGAUUCAGCCAACACUGGGACCCCCUUACCAGCCACCUGUCACCAUAUGGCUGAUUGUUUUUGGGGCCGUGAUGGGAGUGGUGGUGGUUGGCAUUGUCCUGCUCAUCUUCUCCGGGAUCAGAAAUCGAAGGAAGAACGAUCAAGCCAGAAGUGAAGAAAAUCCUUAUGCCUCCGUGAAUUUGAGUAAAGGAGAAAAUAAUCCAGGAUUCCAAAAUGUUGGUGCUGUUCAGACUUCAUUUUAGGAAAACCUGUUUGAUUUCCUUUUGAGGUGAUUUUAUUGCAUGCAAAUGUUAAUUUUAUGGUACAGAUAAUAGGAGAUUAUAAAGCUGUCAUUAGAUAUCAAAACUAUGGCUCUGGUCAGGAAAAUUUACCCCAAGAAGACAUGCCUGAGGAGAGGGCAUCUUCACUGGCUUUCAGUAUUUAUUUCUGCCUCGAGAUUUCACUUCUGUUCAUGUUUGAGAGUAAUAGAGAAAAAUGUGUCUUUGGCCUCACUGGCUGUUCGGGGUAAUGGAAGUGGAAAUGUCUGUUGCCUGGCUGGAGUGGAAAGAGAAAAGAGGGAUAUAUGGUGGGAGCAAGUGGGGCCUUCUAUGGAGCCCAGAUGGAUCGCUUUUAAGGACCGUCUCUGUGAAAUGGCGGAACUGCAGGGAGUGAGAAUGGCACACGCUGUUCACUUAAAGUCAAGUGUAAAGGAUGGCACGCUCUUUCACAUUAAGUUAAUCUAAGUACUAUAGUGAUUUGCCCACAGCGGUGAGUGGACUGGAUCAUGCCUUCUUCGGGAUGACAGGUCUAAAGAAGAGAGAAGAAUCCAGAGAGCUGUUCACAGAUGUUGCCUUUUCACUUCCAUCCAUGCUUGAUCAUCAUCUCCCUGACAAUGUAAAACUAGCCCCAGGGGCCUCCUGGGACCUGCCCCCCCAGAGCACACCUGAUGGAAACUCACUUCUGUUGUUCUCCAUGGAGUGACUAGAAACCUCAACUGAAUGUCCUCCCCGGAAGUGGGUACCCAAUCUCUUAAAUCUUGUAUUCACCCACAAUGCCUGAGUAGUGCUGAGCACAAAGCAGACAGUCAAUAAAUACUGACUAGAUUCACACUC